AUGGCUCUACACCAACUCUACACGCGUAGCUCCUGCAGGCUUUUAGGUUCGACGCCGGGACUGCACAUUCGAAUCGAUACAGGUCAACAACCUUCACUUGGCUUUCACCCAGACCGUUUGCCGUCAACGAAUGCCACUCGUUCUCCGCGUUUGUACCCCGCUGCCCGCGCUUCACCGGCAGCAGACCUACCCAGGCCUAUCCAUAUCAUAAUCCAGGUCGAGGUCGAUGAGCUCCACGGCAGCAGCUCGUCUCCCUCAGGCUUGCGCAGGUUACGGAGACACUCACUCACUCACCGCCCUCUGAGGCAUCUUGGGCACCAAAGGCGUACUGCCAUUGCUGUCGCGCUAGACCUCGGGGAGCGCACCACCUCCUCCGUCUUCUUCCAUUUUCCCGAGUAG